GAUGUGGAUACCGUUGCUGGUACAGGAUAUGAGAUGGACAUAUAAACUGUAAUAUUAUUGGAUUUUAAGCAGUGGAGCCUGUGACAGAAGCGAGAGGAAAACCUGCAUUAUCCGUUCAUCUUUUUUUCUGUUCAGUGUCUAUUUAAAUAUGAUUAAUAAAGUCCUUUGAUGUGACAUUACUACUAUUGGUGUAUACAAUCAAUUCAUCGUGGGAAAUCUACCAAAUUAUCAGGCUACCUCAGAUUGUAGAGCUGUGCAAGGAGGAUAAUAAUCAUGGCAAAACUUCCAAAUUUACCACGUACAAAGAGUGCUACCGAAGUACCAAAGUUGUUCCGUGAGCCUGAUGUACACAACGGUUACCGAAUCCCAAAUCAGCCAAUCACAUACUAUGCGCUGAGUAUGUUCCAAGUCCACAAUGAAUUAUUAAAUGUCUGGACUCAUGUCAUUGCAUUUUCUAUUUUACUGUACCGGUCUUUGACUUUUAUUUCCCAGGUUGACCUUAGUGACCCGCAUGCCUGGCCAUUACUGAUUUUCUGCACUUCUUGUUGUAUGUAUGUCUUUCUUAGCAGCACUGCCCACUUGUUCCAGUCCCAGUCUGAGUUAACUCAUUACACCUGUUUUUUCAUGGAUUAUAUUGGUAUCAGUCUCUAUGGUUUUUCUAGUGGUAUGGUUCACUUUUAUUACAGUGCUGAGGAGUCGUAUAUAAAAUUCAUUGGCAGUGGAUGGUUUUUUUUCGUUGUAACUUUGUGUUUGGCUUCAUUUGCAUGCUUUGCUAACGGAUAUCCGAAAGUUAAAUAUACACGGCCUUACCCCUAUACAAGAAAGCUUUGGCAACUUGGAUCUGUCGGUAGCUUAUACCUCUGGAUCAUAGCCCCAAUUUUUCACCAUAUAAUCAUGUGUAAAUCUAAUUCCUGUACAGAUGAAGGAAUUUAUUAUCAUGAAGCGCAAGUGUUCUGGUUUUUGAUAGGAGCAGUUUUCUUUGCAUUACCGUAUCCACAGAAAAUUGCCCCAGGCUGGUUUGAUAUUGUUGGUCAUGGACACCAAUUUUUCCACAUCUUCAUACCUAUAUGUACGUACAGUCAAAUGCAAGCGGAAUAUUUCGAUUUAGUUAAUAGACGAGAAAUCAUUGAGAAGUACUUUGAACCUAGUUUUAUGAUGACGUUUGGAUUAACUGCAGUUUUACUAAUUGUUAAUUUUAUUAUCCUUUUUUGGCUUCGGAUUAAAGUUGUGGAAAAAAUCAAACUCAAAGGUGAAUAGCCAAUGUGGAUGUGGAAGGGUGAUGGAGUGUCUCAGGUGAAAUAUUUCCCCGAGAUAGGAUUUUAUGUUCAAAUCUUAACUAAUCAUGAUACCAUCCCAAAUUAUUAUUCCAAAACACUUUUUUACCAUAAUUUAUACUCACUUAACCACAGACUGCAGAAUGUACUUAUUUAUUUCUGGAUUAAUUUUGUCAUGUUAAAUUUGUCUUUGUGCUGAAUCAGCAUCACCACUAGAGGGCGGUACUUUCUUUCCGCUGGAUGACAGAGCAUGUUUUGACAUUUGUCUCCACUAGAGGGCAGUAUACUGUCUGAAUGGCAAACUCUCAAAGAU